UCGUAUCCGUUCGGAUUGGACGGGUACGGCGCGAUUACUCUAUCUAGUGUUGUCUCCGGAGCACUUUAAACCAGCCUCGUCUCGUGCCAAACUGUGCAUCGUUCGACAUCGGCGCAGGAUACUUACGAGCACGUUCUCCAGUGUCAAUGACCUCAAUAGUAUCCUGCGUAAGACCAGGAUACGAUAAUCUCGAGUCGAUGUUUAAACGGAGCGAAAAUUUCUGGAUGCAGAGAUAAAGAAAAAUCGAAUAGGCACUUCAGGAAAGCGUAUGAGAACUCGGAGGGAAGAUUCCAAUUGUCUUUGUGCCAGUUCGGGAACGAAGGAGAGAAUGAUCGGAACGUAUAUUUCUGGCGUGAGACUGACGUAUGCCGAUUGAACUAAAAGGUGGUGGGCUGAUCUCGAUGAAUGCAGGUGAUGAUAGAUGUAUCCAUAUCGUUGUCGCGGAGUGUGACCCAUCGCCAGCGCGUUUCCGCCAGCGCGUCCUCACGUCCGUUGACGCAAUAUACGUAAAGUGAAAAACGUGAAUCAGAAUCGGAACGCAAGCAAUCGCGAUGAAUCGCGUCGCAAGGUUCUACAAGCUGCUGGCGGUUUUCCUCUGCUACGAAGCCUGCAGCUACGGCUUCACGCUGGAGGAGGAUAAAGAACCGAAUUACCUUACUGCCGGAGUGGGAGAGUACGCGGUAUUUAAUUGCGAUCUUGACUUUCCGCACGAAUUGCCGAUUCCGUAUAUUCUUCAAUGGAACCGCGACAGUCGUAUAGUAUUCUCUUGGUAUGAUGGACACGUCACGGUGGACCACAGUUACAAGGGUCGCAUACACUUGCUGGACGAUGCCGGUCAGCGCGGAUAUGGCCAGGGUAGCAUAAACCUCACGAAUAUUCGCGAAAGCGAUCAAGGCUGGUACGAGUGCAAGGUGAUCUUUCCUAACAGAACGCCGAAUUCGAGAAACAAUGGCACGUGGUUCCACCUCGCCAUUGAUGGUGUGUCGCCGUUUCCGACGACUGUUGCAGGUGAUACCCUACUCGCGAUACCACCUGUCAAUAAAACUGCCAUGGAAGGCGAAACGGUCGCGUUUGAUUGUGUCGCGAAAGGAGAAGGUACAGUCGUAAGCUGGUUCCGUGAAGGAGUGUCAAUCCCAGAAAUACAGGAUCUCAGAAGGAGAGCCACUAUUGGUAGUGAUGGUACGCUGGUUAUAAAGUUAGCCGCCAUGGGUGACCUUGGGGAAUAUACUUGUGUGGUGACUGGAGAGACUGGAGAUCAACAAAGUGCAUCGGCCUUUCUCAAUGUUCAAUAUAAGGCGAAAGUGAUCUAUGCACAACGAGAAGUCUACCUUCCCUAUGGAAAACCAGCCCUCUUGGACUGCCACUUCAGAGCGAAUCCGCCUCUCACGAAUCUCCGUUGGGAAAAAGAUGGAUUUCUCUUUGAUCCUUACAAUGUGCAAGGGGUUUUCUACAGGAGAAACGGAUCUCUCUAUUUUAGUAAAGUGGACGAGACGCACUCGGGAAGUUACAGUUGCACUCCCUACAAUGAACUAGGCACCGAAGGACCGAGCCCUUCUAUUACUGUGAUAGUUCAAAGGCCACCAAUGUUUACUGUAACACCGCAACAUAUGUAUAUGCGAAAGUUAGGCGAGAGCUUGGAAAUUCCUUGCGACGCCAGAGACGGCGACGAUUCGCAUCGACCAACUAUCGUGUGGUACAAGGAUGGAUCGCCCCUAUUGUCCGAGAGAACCAGCGUGCUCGGUGGCAAUCUGACGAUAGAAAGGAUUCAGGAGCACGAUCGAGGAUUGUACCAGUGCGCAGCCAGCAACGAGGCAGCGACCGUCGUCGCGGAUACUGAACUCAUGGUGCUGAAUGUUCCACCUAGAGCGCCAUACAAUCUAAGCGCCAAUAGUAGCAAGAACGCCGUCACUUUGACUUGGAUACCUGGAUACGUGAGACCCAAGAUGGAGUACUCAGUAUGGUACAGACCAACGGACACGUCGGAAUGGAGAACCAUGAAAAUUUUGUCGAGAAAAAUUACGGAAGCAACGGUCAACAACCUCAGCUCAGGGCGGGAAUACGAAUUCAUGAUACUGAGCCAGGACAAGCACGGCGAUGGGAUGUUCAGCAAGGCGCUUCGAGUAUUCACUCAGCCGAAUGCUAUUGAUGCGAACUCGGCGUCGGAAUAUCGUAGUCCGCAAGAGAUCGAGAGCAUGGGACCGCCGCGCAACGUGAGAGUUCAAGCAACGGUCGAGGGUUACUUGGUCACUUGGGAACCACCUGAUCUGGGUAGGAACCAAGUUAGACUUUACACUGUGAGGUGGUAUAGAGGGCCAUCCGAACAUUUAUAUGGCAGAGCAGAAACAACAGACACUUAUUAUCUAGUGAAAACUUUGGAGGAGGAAAGCUUCUAUACUUUCGAAGUGGCAGCAAUGUCCAUUACGGACGAUAUCGCAACCAGCGAACGAGUCGGUUUGGAAGUACCCGCUUACCGUCGUAACAGAGCGAUAUCCAUGGGAAUUGUCGCCGGUAUAGGUUUUCUAGCGGCCGCUCUGGCCGCCGUGUGGUGGGCGAGGAAACGAUUCUGCCAGCCGUCUAGCGGAGAGAAGUAGCCGAGCAAACACGUGGGAAGCACGUGUGCCUACUCACAAACAAAAUAGUUGUUCGUGCGAGUCCAUAAUCGAUUAUAAAUAUUCAUGUCGCUCGCUACGUGCAAUCACCAGUGUAUGAUGUCAGUUUAGAGGAAAGAAUAGCGACAUGCGUCAUGCGUAAAGGCACAAUCUUAUAAAAACGCGGAACUGCCUUCGCAGACAAGAUCUUCUCAGCACACGCCGAGAUACAAAAAUACAUAAGGCAAGAGACCAAAUAAUAUCUAGUAUUAUCACGCAGUGAUGGCGAGGAGCGCAGAGGCUCUUGCAGCGUCCGCUCUAAGCGUAUCUAUUUGCCGAGCCCCGCGUUACUACCGAGUGUUCUUGCAUUGCUAAUUAUAUCCGUACUUUGUGUGCCGUUCAACAGCUUUAUUAAGUAAUUGCACGUUAUAAAUGACUAGAUUUCAUGCGCCAGGCUGCAGGUCGUCGACCGUCGAAUACGAGUUCGUGAAUUAAGAGGAAUCGCACAUAUGCUUAUUACGUAUAUACUUUUUCUAUUGUAUAUAAAUUAUGCCCGCGUGCAUACAUACGUCUUCUUUUUUCACAUAUACUUCACUAUUACUUUUACUGAUUUUAUUCGACGCGUCAUUGUCGUAUAUGUGCUUGUAUCAUCACAAUAGUCGCAUACAAUAAAAAGAGUGGGAAGCAGUA